UGACGUUACGGAACUGAUGUGUCCUUUGUUUGGAGACGACUGAUCUGUGAUGAGGAGUUGACGCUAUGUGGGUGGAAUGGCAGCAGAGGACGCAUAGGAGGAAGAAGGAUUAGGUUCAGAGUGGCGGAUGUCUGAAGAAACCUAAGCAGAAUCUUUUCAGAUAGCGGAUAAAGUAAGCAGGAUGGGUACAUUUGUGACCCUGGCAGAAGUGUUGGAGGCCCGGGGUUCACCACUGGAUGAAGAUGAGGUCUGGUGUCUGCUGCUAGCCACCACUGAGGCCUUACUGGAUAUUUCCAAAAGAGGUUCAGGCAACAUGUGCAGUGUGCUGAGUCCAGGCUCGGUGCUACUGUCAGCCAAUGGGAGUCUGGCCUUCAAGAGCUGCGCCCAAUUCGAAGACGUGGCCUCCUUCACAGCUCCGGAGAUCCAGCAGGGGCACGCUGCCUCCACCAGGACUGCCGCCAAAAAGAUGGUUGUGUACUCACUGGGGAUGACUCUUUAUUGGUGUGUUGAUUAUCACCUACCUCAAAACCAGCCGGUCCAGCUGAGUGCAGAGCUUGAGGGUUUGCUGCUGAGCAUGUGCGAGGACAUGGCGGUCCGACGGACUGACCUCCUGACGGUGCUGGAGACCUGUGAGCUUCACCACAAGACCUCCAUGUUGCCUCCUGCUGAGCGGCUCGUCAGGCAGCUGGUAGAAGAUGUCUACAGAAACUCAGUUGAUCACAUGUCCAUGGCUGAAAAUGGAUCCCGGCUAACAGACCGCAGUCAAAUGAUCAGGGACAGAUUGCACAGAAGCUCUUUUAGUAACUCAACACGUGCACUGAAGAAGAAGAUUUCACAAACAUUCUCCGGAGCAUCUUAUCCAUGCGAGCCCACAGGGAUUCCCUCGGGAGGUCGACAAAGGGAGAAUUACGACAGCUGGCAGCAGCUGAACCGCAGCCCCUGCAGUCCGUACAUGGAUGGCAAUCGAAAUGCCAACUCAAGAUCCCUCGCACAGUUCGAGUCCACGAUGAGUCUGAAUGACAAGAAAGUGAAGGACAUGGGUCCUGAGUUUAUUAGAAUGUUAGACGAGCCGGUGGUUGUCUUGGAGCUGCCUGGCUCCAUCGUGUCAAAAAAAGGGAAAUCUCCAACCACUCAGAGAGAGCUGAGUGUGGUGAUGCCAAACGGUCAGAGCAUCCUGGUCAAGUGUGAGGUGAAAUCCAGAGGAGGGGACGUCUUUGACAUGAUUGUGGCUCACUCCAACCUGGUGGAACAUUUCUACUUUGGCCUUGCUUAUAUUGACGAUAAUGAGUUUUUCUUUGUGGACAAUGAUGCCAAGAUUUCCAAAGUUGCUCCAGAUAGCUGGAAGAAAGUGCCUACAACCACCUUUGUCCUUUUCUUCAGGAUCAAAUUCUUUGUCAAUGACAUAUCUCUUUUGAACAAACAGACCCGCCACCAGUAUUACCUCCAGCUCAGGAGAGACCUUUUGGAGGACAGGCUGUCCUGCCACGAGGAGACGGCGCUGUACCUGGGAGCUCUGGCCCUGCAGGCCGAGUGUGGAGACUGCAUGCCUGAGGUGUACGGUAGGAACUACUACCGCCCCGACCAGUAUGUCUCCAAGAGCGUGAUGGAGAAACGUGCCUUGCCUCACAUUCAGGGGGAGCUGCUACGACUUCACACCAAAAACGCCCAGAUGCUCACCGACGAAUCAGAGCUUGAGUUCCUCAAGGUGUGUCAGCAGUUGCCUGAGUAUGGCGUGUUGUUCCACCGUGUGAUGCGUGAGAAAAAGCCUUUAGAAGGAGAGAUCAUCCUCGGGGUUUGUGCCAAAGGAGCCAUGGUCUACGAGGUUAGAGAUGGCUGCCGAUCCACCAGUCAGACUUUCUACUGGAGGGAGACAACAGCGAUCUCCUCUAAUAGGUGUAAAUUUGUAUUAGAAAGCCGGGGCAGCAAGAAGAAGUACACCUUCAUCACAGAGAGCUCGAAGAUAGCCAAAUAUCUGUGCAACCUCUGCUCAGCCCAACACAAGUUUAACAAUGAGAUGAACUCUCGCCAGCUCGGCCACAACCUGGUCUCAGAGGAGAGCAGUGUGCGUUAUGCCGCAGUUUGUCGCUCCCAGAGCAGCCGGCUUAAGUCCUCCUGUUCAGAGACGCCCCAGGAUGACAGCGGUCUGAACACGCCUCAGGAUGAGUCCCUGAAUAAGCUGUGUGAUGACGUCACGGCCAGGAUCGAGGCCCGCAUUAAACAGCAGCGCCUCAAUGAGCAGGGUACUUGCUCCAUCAGUCAGCGCAGCAGCACUUGUAUGCGUUCCCCAGCCAGCUCCCAGAGGAGCGGAUCUGAAGCACCCUCUGGCUCCCCAGCAGCCAAAGAAACCCCAAGAAAACUAGGGUCAUCGUCCGAGAGAGAAGUCAUAUGUGUUACUUUAAAGAAAGACCCAAAGCUUGGCCUGGGUGUAGUGAUAGUCGGAGAAGACGCUGUAGGCCACUAUGACUUGGGCAUCUUUGUUGCGUCUGUUGUGCCUGGUGGACCUGCUGAUAAGGACGGACGCAUCCGACCAGGUGGUCGACUGAUCUCUCUGAACCACGUCAGCCUGGAGGGCGUCACCUUUAGCGAGGCAGCAGAGGUCAUGCAGAACAGCCCUGAGGAGGUGCAGCUCAUUGUCUCACAGCCAAAAGUGGGCCUCAGUCCCAACAGCGUGUUGGGAAAUUAUGAGUCCCAGAGCACACUGAUGACGGACGGCCGAUCAGGAGACGACAGCUCAGAUGAGAUCGUUUCGGUCAUGAUGACGCCAAAGACCAGCAACAGGCUUCACGUCCCCCGAGACGUACGAGUCCUCGGCUCACAGGAUAGCUGCUCUGCGUCUCCCCCUGUAAACUGUGUGAAGCCGAAGGAGAUUACUGUGGAGCUCAGAAAGAUGUCAGGAAGUCUGGGAAUGAGCAUCUCUGGUGGUAUCAACACAAACCUUCCGAAUGGAGGAAUCUACAUAAGAAGCCUUGUCCCGGGAGGGCCAGCUGAGAGAGACGGACGUUUACAUGCAGGUUACAGACUGCUGGAGUUGGAUGGGAUCAGCCUUCAGGACUUCACCUACCAGCAGGCCGUGGAGUGUCUGAGUAAAACUGGGGAGGAGGUAACCCUGGUUGUGGAGAAACAGGUGAGGAAACUCCCCAGGGUUUCUCUAGUCGCAGACAACAUCAGCUGUGAAUCCAAUCAGAGCAUCAGUCCAGCUACCAGCCGGCUAAGGGUCAACAGCUGUUCGACCAUUACUACUGCUGCAAACGCCAUCUCUGACCAGCCCAGGGACUACAGCUUUGUCACUGACGACAACACCCAGGAAGUGACUCUGACUAAAGGUGCCAAUGGCCUGGGCUUCAGCUUCCUAAUGUGCGAGCUGGAUCCGCCCACUGCGGACUUUGGCAGCCUGGUGUGGAUAAAGCAGCUUUUCCCCGGCCAGCCGGCAGAGCAGAGCGGCAGGAUCCAGGAGGGAGACAUCCUGUUGGCCAUCAACGGCCAGUCACUCAAGGAGCUGUCCUAUCCGAGGGUGCUAAAGCUGUUCAAGGCUUCACCACCCGAGGUCCGACUGACUCUCAGUCGGCCCCCACCAGGGAUCCUUCCCUCCAUAGAUCAGUUUACUGGCAUCUGAGUGAUGUCACAGUGUCAUACAGCACCAGCAUCAAGGGAUGCUCCGAAGCAACGCUGUUCUUCCUGAUCAGUCAGGAAGUGAUGACUGACGCGGAGGACACAUUGAACGACAGGGGUGUUUGGAUCAGUGAGUGAACGGAUCUCACCGAUAGACUCCGACACUGCUGAAAGGCAUACUGAAGAAACAGUGACGGAGCAGGAGAGCACAGAGGCUGAAUGUGGAUGGAUUCAUGAAAGCAAUAGUUCAACACAAAUGAAAUCCAAAAGAGGCAUUUUGCUGACACCGAAAGAAUAAUGAUCGCUGCGAAAGUUGUUGAGGACACAAAAAGUCCACAGAGGUAGAGAAUAUGUUGCAUCGUAAAGUCAUGAAAUUGUCAAUGCCAUUUUU